CGACGCGCAAGUGUACAUUUACAGAUGAGUUGAAGAAAAAAUUCCCCACUUACCGUCUCGGUCGGGACAAGUGGGAGGCUGAGUGCACCAUGUGCAAACCUGGCACAUAUGUUUCGGUGCUCAGUGGGGGUGCCAGGGAUCUUAAAGCUCACAUGGACACCAAAAAACAUAAGAAAGCUGUGCGAGGUGAGAGUACUUCAGCAAAGUUGACGGAGCUCUUUGUUAGACCCGGAAAAACAGAGGAUGCUGUGAAUGCAGCAGAGGCCAUGCAGCGUUGCCUCACUCUGACCUUUGCCCAGCACAGCAAGCUUCUCCUCAGAAAUAAAUUGUCUCUCCACCACCAGCAGACCACAGCCAUGUCAGCUCUCCUCAUCAACCAGCCCAAAUAUGCCUGGCUUAAGGAGCUUGGCCUUGCUGAGGACAACCCCGGGGUUUACAACGGGAGCUGGAGAGGGAGUGGGGAGGUCGUCACCUCAUACUGCCCUGCCAACAAUGAGCCAAUUGCCAGAGUAACGCAAGCAACCAUGGCAGAGUAUGAAGAAACUGUCCUGAAGUCGAGGGAGGCUUGGAGGAUUUGGGCAGAUAUUCCAGCUCCAAAAAGAGGAGAGAUUGUGAGGCAAAUUGGUGAUGCACUAAGAAAGAAGAUUAAAGUUCUUGGGAGCCUCGUAUCUUUGGAGAUGGGAAAGAUCUAUGUUGAAGGAGUGGGUGAAGUGCAGGAAUAUGUUGAUGUUUGCGAUUAUGCUGUCGGUCUCUCCAGAAUGAUCGGCGGGCCCAUCCUACCUUCAGAAAGGCCAGGCCAUGCUCUCCUUGAGCAGUGGAAUCCAGUCGGUCUUGUUGGAAUCAUCACUGCCUUUAACUUCCCUGUGGCUGUUUAUGGCUGGAAUAACGCCAUUGCUCUAACCUGCGGCAAUGUCUGCCUUUGGAAAGGAGCGCCAACCACACCCCUCACAAGCGUUGCUGUUACGAAGAUUGUGGCGGAAGUUCUUGAACAGAACAACUUGCCGGGUGCCAUCUGCUCUAUGACCUGUGGAGGUGCUGAUAUUGGCUCUGCCAUGGCAAGGGAUGAGCGUGUGGAUCUGCUGUCAUUCACUGGUAGCACCCCUGUUGGAAAGAAGGUGGCGAUGAUGGUGCAAGAAAGAUUUGGGCGUAAGCUGCUGGAGCUUGGUGGAAACAAUGCCAUCAUUGUGUUUGAGGAUGCGGACCUGAAUCUGGUGGUGCCAUCUGCUGUCUUCGCAUCCGUGGGAACCGCUGGGCAGCGCUGCACCACAACCAGAAGACUGAUGUUGCACGAGAGCAUUCACGACACAGUGGUUGAGCGACUUUCCAAGGCUUACAAGCAAGUACGCAUUGGAGAUCCUUGGGAUCCCAGCACCUUGUAUGGCCCCCUUCACACAAAAGAAGCAGUGGAUCAAUAUCUGGGAGCUAUAGAAAAGGCCAAGCAGCAGGGUGGCACUGUAGUUUAUGGGGGAAAGGUGAUGGAUCGUCCUGGAAACUACGUGGAGCCCACCAUCAUCACAGGACUGGAUCAUGAUGCUUCCAUUGUCCACACUGAGACAUUUGUCCCCAUCCUCUAUGUUCUCAAGUUUAAGACUGAGGAGGAUGCCUUUGCCUGGAAUAAUGAGGUCAAGCAGGGCCUGUCUAGUAGCAUCUUCACCAAGGAUAUGGGUCGGGUUUUCCGCUGGUUGGGGUCGAAAGGAUCCGACUGCGGCAUUGUGAAUGUCAACAUCCCUACUAGUGGAGCUGAGAUUGGAGGAGCCUUUGGUGGAGAGAAACACACGGGUGGUGGAAGAGAGUCCGGCAGUGAUGCAUGGAAGCAGUACAUGAGGCGUUCAACGUGCACCAUAAACUACAGCAAGGAGCUUCCUCUGGCACAAGGAAUCAAGUUUGAGUGAAUCCUUCAGGUGGUUUGUUGAUGAAGCUGCAUGAGGCAGGUAACUUCUCUGACGCUGACAUCAUCGGUUAUUUACUGGAAUAGCGGUUGUUGGCUUACACACGUGUACUAAAUUGCAUUUUGCAUUCAGAAUGGAAAAAUUAGAAAAAUCAUUUAUUACAGCCUGUCAUAAACGUGACUUCUUUAAAUUUAUAUCUGUAGUCUUGGCUUCCGGAGUUUGUCCUGGAUUUAAAAAUGAGUUUGGAAGGUCAAAUGGAGCGAGCCUGUUCUAAUUGGUGCUCACGUCUUAAGUAGAUUCUUUAUACUGUAUGAAUAAAACAUAAAUUUAUCUGUUUUAUUCUG